CUAAAGAUCAAUAUUCAAGCAAUCUCCUUUAGUCUUCCUGUUCUUUUCAUCAAAGGAGGCUUAAACCUAUGGCAGGAGGCAUUGGAAGUGCGAGGUAUGAUGAGGAGUUCACAACAGGUUCACAAGGGGUGAGGCUGUUUACUUGUCGAUGGCUGCCGGAGAAACGAGAUCCGAAAUCUCUGGUUUUUCUCUGCCAUGGAUAUGGCAUGGAGUGUAGCAUCUCAAUGAGAGUCACCGGUACUCGAUUGGCGAAAGCUGGUUUCGCCGUCUAUGGAAUCGAUUACAGAGGACAUGGCAAGUCCACUGGCUUGCAGGGCUAUAUUCCAAGCUUUGAUGAGCUUGUCAAUGAUUGCUCUAAAUAUUUUACAUCUGUUUGUGAGAUGAUGGUAAACAGGAAUAAGAUGAGAUUUCUACUUGGUGAAUCCAUGGGAGGAGCUGUUGCUCUUAUGUUGCAUAGGAAGAAACCAUCCUUCUGGCAUGGUGCGGUUCUGGUUGCUCCUAUGUGCAAGAUUGCUGAAGAGAUGAAACCACAUCCACUGGUCAUCAAAACCUUAACAAAACUGAGCAGUGUUAUUCCAAAAUGGAAGAUAGUUCCUUCCAAAGACAUCACAGAGAGCGCAUUCAAGAAUCCAGAUUGGAGAGAUGAGAUUAGAAGUAAUCCUUUUUGCUACAAGGGGAAGCCUCGCCUACAAACUGCCAAAGAGCUUCUCAUGAUCAGCAUAGACAUUGAGAAGAACCUUCAUCAAGUCUCAUUGCCUUUCCUGGUAAUUCAUGGUGGCGAUGAUACGGUGACAGAUCCGACAGUAAGCCAAGCCUUGUACGACACCGCCGAGAGCAAAGACAAAACCUUCAAAUUAUAUCCAGGAAUGUGGCAUGCACUGACAUCUGCAGAGUCUCAGCAGAAUCUCCAUCUCGUCUUCUCUGACAUUCUGGCAUGGCUUGAUGAGAGAUCAAUGAAAAUAAGCUCGGUAUCAGAGAUGGAAAACAAGCCUGGUUAUGACAAACAAAGGGUGAAACUUCCGAAAUCUGUGAGAACAGGGGCACCAAAGAUGCGUUGAUGCAGGAAGCAUUUUUAUGUUGGUGUUAUAAAGAGGAUGUUUUGACAUUUGUCAACAAAAUGCAAGCUGAUUAUUCUCUCAGUCGAAUUCCAUGAUUUAAGCUUCUUUUGGUAGGGUUUUUUAUUGUUUCUUAAAAUGGAGUUAUAAUUUUUUACUAAAAUUUUGUUUUAAGAAACAAUAAAAAAGUCAUCCAAAUGAAUUCUUAAACAUCUUUGAUUAUGUUGUAUUGUGCUGUUAUGUUCUA